AGAAGUAGUGUAUCCGUGGAAUAAGGAAGGUGCAGUUGAUAUGCGGACUUUAUCCGAUUAAGUUGAACAGUAAAUUUAUUAGUUAAAAUUUAAGCGUCCUCCCGGUAGUGUCGGAGGGAGAUUCUUUUCAGUUGUUCCAGAAUUAUGGAUUCAGAAGAGGAGACACUUUACGACGAUGUUGACUCUGGGAACGAAUCAAGCGGGGAUGAUGUUGACUUUGCAAUGGAAGUUGAGACUAGUAACCCAAGAGAAAGACAAACCGAAGUAGAGGAAUAUCCAUUUGAAGUUUUGUCAACGGAAGAAAUUGUACAGCAUAUGGUAGAUUCUAUCAAAGAAGUAAAUACUGUAGUGGAGAUUCCAGCGACCACGACACGAAUUCUGUUGAACCAUUUUAAAUGGGACAAAGAAAAGUUAAUGGAAAGGUUUUAUGAUGGAGAUCAGGAUCAGCUGUUCUCAGAAGCGCGUGUUAUAAAUCCUUUCCGGAAGCCAGCUGUAGUUAAUAGACCAAAAGUUAAGCCACCAAGAAGAACAUCAGCAGCUGACACUGAAGAAUGUGAAAUCUGUUUCAUGGUUCUCCCCUCAUCUAUGAUGACUGGGUUGGAGUGUGGACAUAGGUUCUGCACACAGUGUUGGGGUGAAUACCUUACUACAAAAAUUAUGGAGGAAGGUGUAGGGCAAACAAUAGCAUGUGCUGCUCAUGGAUGUGACAUCUUGGUUGAUGAUGCAACUGUUAUGCGUCUUGUCAGAGAUUCCAAAGUGAAGCUCAAGUACCAGCACCUUAUUACAAACAGCUUUGUUGAGUGCAAUCGGUUGUUAAGGUGGUGCCCAUCUCCAGACUGCAAUAAUGCAAUUAAAGUGCAGUAUGUGGAAGCACGGCCUGUGACUUGCAAGUGCACUCACACGUUCUGCUUUGCCUGUGGUGAAAACUGGCAUGACCCAGUCAAAUGUCAUCUACUUAGGAAGUGGAUUAAAAAGUGUGAUGAUGAUUCUGAAACUUCCAACUGGAUAGCAGCUAAUACAAAGGAAUGUCCAAAAUGUAAUGUGACCAUUGAAAAAGAUGGUGGCUGCAAUCAUAUGGUGUGCAAAAAUCAGAAUUGUAAGGCCGACUUUUGUUGGGUUUGUCUUGGUCCGUGGGAACCACACGGCUCAUCUUGGUACAACUGUAAUCGGUAUGAUGAGGAGGAAGCCAAGGCAGCCAGGGAUGCACAGGAAAGAUCACGAGCUGCACUUCAACGAUAUUUGUUCUACUGUAAUCGGUAUAUGAAUCACAUGCAGUCACUCAAGUUUGAGCACAAACUAUAUGCUUCUGUUAAGGAGAAGAUGGAAGAAAUGCAGCAACAUAAUAUGUCGUGGAUUGAGGUGCAGUUCCUCAAGAAAGCUGUUGACAUUCUGUGUCAGUGUCGGCAGACAUUAAUGUACACCUAUGUCUUCGCAUACUACUUAAGGAAAAAUAACCAGUCUGUAAUAUUUGAAGAAAACCAAAAAGAUUUGGAGAGUGCUACGGAGACUUUAUCAGAAUAUCUGGAGAGAGAUAUUACCUCAGAAAAUCUGGCAGAUAUUAAACAAAAAGUGCAGGAUAAAUAUAGAUACUGCGACAGUAGGAGGAAAGUUUUGCUGGAACAUGUCCAUGAAGGUUAUGAGAAGGAUUGGUGGGAGUACACAGAAUAAAUGUGACUGAAUGCAUGUGUGGAACACUUACAUUUGUUAUUAGUUACGACAAAGAAUUUACUGCUUGUGAUCGUGCGUCCGAAUAGCAGAAAGGAAGACUUGUGUAGUUCUCUCAGGUUCAAAUGACUGGCGGUGUACAUUGCUGGGUAUUAGGUCUGUUCCCAAUUGAGUCCCUGUAGUGGUUCCAGACAGCAGUAUCCAGCUUCAACGAGAAUAUAAACAGGGCACCCGGUGAGCUUCAGCACACUCAUGGAGUGGAAAUUUUUAACAGUUAAAAGCAAUAUACAACGUUAAUUUCUUAUGGGAAUUACGAAGAGAAGAAAAUUGGUGUAAUGAACAUCAGAUUAGCUCAUGGACUUGUUAAUAUGAUGAAGUGACACAGUCUCACUGCAUGUUAGUUUUCAUCAUGGAUAUUCUUUAUUCAUCCAGACAUACCAUGUACCUUUUCUUAGGUAUUAAAUUGUACAUAAAUCCUCUGUUUACAAUGAAAGUUUUGAUUGACUGGCACCACUAAUAUUUUUUCUUGAAAGGUUUGUUACAUUUUUGUGUGGUUAAACAUCAACCUACCAGGCCCUGCCUUGAUAAAUGUGAUUUUAACAGCCAUUUGGUUGUAGACUUAAAUAAGAACAUAUGAUUGAUGCUAGUAAAGUGUUCAGAGCUUUUAGUCUGCACCUUGUAUGCAGACUCAAAUAUGGCUGCAACAAUUAGUUGUGCGCAGAUGAAAGUGAGUUAGGACUCAGACAUACUAUCUAACAGAUUUGUAAUCUGUUGAGAGAGUACUGCUGUAUUGUCCUACUUAGUAUGUGAUACUGCAGUGAUUUCAAGUGUUUGUUCCAAACUAUUUAUUUAAUUUUACAGAUACAGUAGGUUUUCUGAUUCACUGAGCGCAAGUUGUAAACAUGGAUCUGCACACUUUCUGUAGAAGUAUUUGAUAUCAUUUGAAUUAACAUUUACUUGCAGAAAUAAAUUACUGUCAAUACGCAAAUAAAUUUUAAGAGUUUAGAAUUAUUCAAAUGCCGUCUGACUGAUAUUCAGAAAGAAAAAGCAGGUUUAAACAAAUUCAAAGGCAGAUUAGGUGCAAAGCAUCUGAUCAUUUAGUGACGAUUCUUUUUAUGCAUAUACAGAGCAUUUAAAAUAAUGUAUAUAAACUUUUCUCUUUAAAUUAUGAACAUAAUUUGAACUUCAAUCAGGAAUAUUUUGAAUUUUAUGCAAAAUCAUGGAGCUGUGAAACAAACCAAUUAUAAUACUGAGAUGCUUGCUAUUUUGUGUUCUGCAUGAUUUAAUUUAUGCUAAUAUAAUUGUAUAUCAUUUUUGCAUAAUUAUUGCUAAAGAUGCUCUGUUUGAAGUACCUUACACAUAUAUUGCAUCCAGAGGAGUAAAGAAGAACGAGUUUUAUGUGGUAACAACAGUACAGAAUUACAUCCAGUGAUGGAACUUUCAUUAAUUUUAAGUCCAGUGUCUGAUUUUUGACAUUUACCUGUGACGUAUACUAAUUCAAAGUUAUACAGUGUCAGUCAUAACUUUACAUAAAAUAUUAAAUAAUUUGGCACUUUCUCUGGGUUGCCUACCAAUGCCUAAAAUUUAGUACAUUCGGUGUGUAACUUUAUUUGUUACAAGAGAGAGUAUAACACUUUUGUAAGUUUAUUGUAACUGGUGCGCCAUUGUUUGUACAACUUAUUUCUUUUGAUCAUAUAUUUUUUAUCCAUAUUUUUUAAGCAACAACAAAUCCACAUGAAUAAUUCACUCCAGAAAGGACUGAAUGAGUAUAAUAGAGGUCUGCGCUCUGGGUUUUCAGUUUCAAAAACAUAUGCUGUCUAGAUAUCCCUCAAUGCAGUCAUAUUUUGUAGCAGGCUAGAGCCUUGAGAAAAUAUGAAAAAGUAAAGAAGUUAUAUUGUAAAUUUGUAAAAUUAUUAAUUAUAGAUUGCCGUUUAGUUUGUGUGUUCUUUAAUUCAUAACUCCUUCCUCAUAUGACUGAGUAAUGUAAAUAUAGGGCUAAAAUAUCAAACGGUGCUUUCUGAUAAUUUGUUCACACAUUUCUCUUCAACAGUAUGCCAGACUUCUUUGUUUCUGGGUCAUUUUCUCAUAUAUGCUGAAAUAUGGAAUGAAACAUAUAUUAUUGGAUAAAAUAUGGUCAGAAUAUACAGUGUGAUUCAGAGUCCUAUGCCCAGACUUUGGGAGCCGGUUGGGGAGAUAAUUUGGAGUAGAAAAUGUAAAUAAAUUAUAACAAUUAUUGAGUUUUUGGACAUUGUCCAUCAUCAUGUUUAUUUUAAACAACAUUUUGGAGACUGGAUAUCUGGAGAUAGGGAAUAGCUUUGUCAAUAUGUAUAUAGGAAUUAAGUGAACCGUCAACACAACAAAUAUACUUGCUUUUAAUGUUUUACAAUUCGACUUUUAUAUUCCUGCUACAUGUUUCAGUCAUACAAGACCGUCAUCAGGGAGUUAUAUAUAGCAAUAUGUUUAGUUAUUGAACUACCGAUAUAGAUCCAUACCAGUGCGAUGUGUCAUAUAUGGCAUAUGUGUUUUGUCUCGGCGUACAUAUGUCCGGUGUGUUCUACACUAUGCAUUGGUUUGACACACACAAAGUGCAGAACGCACUAAACAUAUACACCCAGACAAAAUACAUGUCAUAUUUUAUGAUCAUAUAACGAUACAUAUCAUGAAGUAUGCACACCUAAUAUACCACACAUUAACAACCAGUACAUCAUACUCGUUCUUGCAGAUAGAUACUUGUCUCUGGGCUCCACAAGCAGGCUUACUACAUAGAAAUCUUCUAACACCAAAGACUACAAAUGACAUAGCAUGCCCAAUUCUACACUGUAGCACUGGAACCUUAGUAAUAAAUUGGCAUACAUGUUUCUUAACUUCCCAUACUUAGUAGUUUAAAUAUAUAUUUUUUUAAAUAUUUUUUAAUAUUUUAAUAUUUCCAUAAUAUGUGGUUGUUCAUAAGUCCGUUAAACAUUUUGAAAAUUUACAAUAAAUAAACUACACAAUGGAUACCAAAUGUUAUUACACUGAAAUAGAGAUAAACUCACCAAGUUUUUUUACAUAGUUCACAGAUGCUCAGUGUGUCUACCUUUGCUGAUACAGCAGACAUCUGUGCGAUAAUUCAUGUUGUCCCACACCUGUGUCGGCAUAUCACAGGUGACCAGAGCCACAGCAGUGGUGAUACGGUUGCGAAGAUCCCUGAUAUUAGCAGGAAAUGCAGGCACAAAGACAGUAUCCUUCACAAAUCACAAGAAGAAAAUGUCACAUGGGGUUAAAUCUGGGGACCAGGGUGGCCACCGCAUUAACAUGUCAUCUUUUGUCCUGUGUGCCCUAUCCACCUUUGUGUCAAAAUUUGAAAGAGAUACCCUCACACGUAGUUGUUGUAGUGAACCGGACAGCCAUCUUGUUUAAAGAGGUCAUCAUUACUAUCUUCAUUCAACUGGGGCAUCAGCCAGUUUUCCAACAUGUCCAAGUAAAUCAUCCCAGUGACUGUGGGCUUUGCAAAGAAAAUUGGUCCAUAAACCUUCUUUUUUUAAAUUGCACAGAAGACAUUCACCAUAGGCGAAUCUCACACAUGCUGUAUGACUACAUGGGGAUUUUCAGUCCCCCAGAUGCGCACAUUGUGCCGAUUCACCUUUCCAGACACCUGGAAAGUUGCUUUGUCGCUAAAGAUGAAUGAGUCUAAACCUUCAACUUCAAAUCUCUCUUGCAUUUCAGUGCAGAAAUUAAGACGCACAACUCUGUCAUUAUUGCUGAGAUGCUGAUGCAGCUGAAGCCUGUAGGGUUUACACUUGAGUCUCUUACGGAUAAU